AUGCAUCUGCAUAUUUUGGGUAUUUGCGGCACCUUUAUGGGUUCAUUGGCGCUAUUGGCGCGUGAUUUAGGACAUAAGGUCACCGGUUCAGAUGCGAACGUUUAUCCACCGAUGUCGACCCAACUCGAAAAUGCUGGCAUUACCUUAAUGCAAGGCUAUGACCGUAGUCAUUUACAACCACAUCCAGAUCUUGUCCACAAUUCCUUGCUGACCAUGUAUUACAAGGCAAACAUGUGCUUGGUGUUGCAGGCACCCAUGGUAAAACCACCACAACAACAAUGCUGGCUUGGGUACUGGAUCAAGCGGGCUUUAGUGAAAGCGCACGUUUAG